GAGGUCCUCCCCCUCACAUUCCACCACCUGCUCACAUUCCAUAGCCACAUUUAACUGAGCUAUAUUUUUAUGAGUUACAGCAGCAAUGAAAGAACAUGCAUUAUCAUCUUUUUCUACCUGAAUCUCAUCAGCAUUAUGCUUGGCAUCAUCAAUAUCCAGCAUUGCUUGAGAACCUUGAGCUUUUUCUUUACUGUACGCCUCCACGACCAUAGUCUCAAUCAGCAACAUAUUAUCUUCUGAUUCUUCAGACUCCAUACUUUCUUCCUCUUUUGCGUCAGCAGGGCCAUUGUGCCCACUAUCACCAUACUUGCUGCACCCCUCAUUUCUCUCUUUGUUUCCAGAUUUGGGGUCAUGCUUGCCCCAAGCGGCUGCUUUUGUAUAAGGGGAUUUUUUGGUAUCCUCCUCCACCUCCACAGCCUUUUUUUCUCUCUCUGGGUCACGCACCAGCACUUUCUCAAUUUCAUAGAAAAAGUCAAAGAAGUGCGUACCCAGCACUGCCUCAGCUACCCCUGGGAGCUCGUCCACAUUGCGACAGCCCAGCCGGACCCUGACAAAUUCAGGCUUGUGCAGGGUGGCCAUGUCGAUCUCGAGCGGGACACCCACCAGGGAAGAAACAUAGGCGACAUUCCUUUCAUUUCUUCUUUCCAGAGGAAUAUUAGCUACUUUAACCCAGGCCAUCUCCAUGACUCCCUUAGCCCCAAUGUUGGUCGACCAGGGAACAAUUCUAACAACUACACCACAAGAUUUAAGGAUCAUCAUGUCAUUGUAACAUGCUUUUUUCACAUCUCUUUGAUUGGGAAAUCUCAUCACAUAAGUAUUAGGACCAAUAGUACGGGCAAUACAGUGCCACUUAGUCCCAAUGUAAUCAGAGAACGCUUCUUCUAACUCCUUAACACUAGCUUCCCCCUCAAUGACAGUAAUCACAACACUAGUAGCUCUUCCCUUAAGUUGUUUAGCAGUGCACGAAUCAGGGAUGUAAAAGAACCCCUGCCCUUUGGCCUGGAAGGCACACAUGGGUGCAACGCACUCCCAAGGUAAAAAGGUAACACACAUCGAAGCCAAGUGCCCCAUCUUGCUACAUCUUUCGCAGAAAGCUUGCGGGCAACUAGUGGGAGCAUGACUAGUAGCUUUGCAGAUAGGACAUGGAUCAUGAGCUUUGGAAAGGGGCACCUAAUUGAGAGGAAGCGCGCGUGAUGUAGUAUCAGGCGCUGACAUCUUCUUGAAGGCGUGAGCAGCUUCAGAUCCUGAGGUGUUAGGGUUCUUCUCCACCCAAACACCCCCAGAUCUCGCCCGCUUGGCGCGUUCCGCUGCAUCAUCCCAGCGCUCAGUGUCGUCGGAGGCCAACACCAUCUUCUUGUUGGUGGAGACGUCGUCGCCGUCGACAUCCCUGGACCAGGAAUAGCGCCCGCGUCCCCGGCCGCGAUCGAAGCGACCGGCCCCGCGCCCCAUCCUGCCAGAUCCGAAUCCCUCGCGCCUUCCACCGCGAAAACUCCGGUCGCCGAACCCCUCCAUCACCUUGGGCUCCCUCUGGGAUGAAGAUACCACCUCUCCGAACGAUUUAGGGUCACCUCCAAUCUUCCCCUCCCACCACCGGAAGGAGGAUGAGAUUUUCGAUCUAGGGUUUUGCGGCGCCGCCCAGAGGUGGGAGAGGGCAGCUUCUAGGUCAAGAAUGGGAUGCUCCGCUCGGCCUUGCGUUUUUGUACCCCUCGCGGGACCUGCCCCCACGCCAUGGAUCCCUCGAUCUCCGUCCACGUGACCAUCAUCAGCGGCGGGCUGCGCCACCGCGCCCGGGCGCGGGCCCAGGAUGCCUGGGGCCCGAGAUCUCGCACCCGCAUCGUGACAGCUCGGCGCACACGCCCGCACCCCACCGAGACGUGCCGUGCUCCCGUGUACCGCCGAGCCGCUCGCCGAGAUCCGAUCCCGAACCCUAGCGAAAUGACAUGGAAAGGACACGAUCUGUCCGAUGUCGACGCUCUCCCCAUCGCGGAGAUAGCGCGCGUCUACCGUGACGCCCCUCUGGUCGGUCAGAGCGAGCCAGAGAGCCCCUCGACGGAGGAGGAUCUCGCCGUCGGUGAAGGUGACGGUGCGCGCCGCGGUGAAGUCCGGUGCGAAAGAGACGUGCCAGCGGACGUCGCACUCCAUCCUCGUCGAGGCCAUGCAUCUAGCAAUGACACUCUCGAUGACACCGACAGGGUCGAUUAUAUGAAGAGCUACAUAGGGAGCGCAUUGGCUGCACUAAGGAAUGGGGCUAAUGUGAAAGGCUACUUCGUCUGGUCUUUCGUGGACGUUUUCGAGUACCUGUCAGGGUAUCAGUCACAGUAUGGCCUUUACCGUGUUGAUUUCGACGACGAGGCGCGGCCACGGCAAGCCAGGCUCUCUGCUCGCUGGUACUCUGCCUUCCUGAAGAACAAGAACAAUGGCAUCCAUGUUCAGAACGAGCUCAACUAUACAGGAUUGCGUGCUGAACAAUGAGUCGCAAUAUCUUAUGGUCAACCUAUAUACAUAGGCAUACCACAUAUGUAUAGAUACGGGCAAUUUAGUUUUCUCUUAUUCCUUUCUAGGGACGGAGAUAGGAGCACUAAAUAAAUCAUUGAAUAAAAGAGGAGACGACGGCGUUCACUGGUAUCCUUUGAUGUCAUCAACUGAAUAAACCAUAAAGACCCAU